GAUGGUCAUUCGGGGUUUCCUCAUUAUUUUUCUCUUUUCUGGCGGGCAGUGUUUCGCACGCAUUUGUGCGAGUGGAUUGACGCCCCUGUGGGUAUAUAAGUUGUGACGGCCCUGGAAGUUGUGUGCGUAUAAGGAGUAUGGAUGAAGCAGAAAACUGGUUUUUUGUACUGUAUAGGCAGCUGCCGGGUUUAGUACUACUCAGUGUUGGAUCAGUUCUCUAGUAAUAAGCAUAUACGUAGUUUUUUAGUGUUGUAAAAUGCAUAUUUUAUCGACGAGAAUAAGCUUAAAUGGCUUUAAUGUUUCAGAAUUGAAAAGGUUUUGACGAGUAUAGUUUUCUGAUUUUUAACUAGAGAUCUUGCCAGUCACGUUGAGAUUGAAUCCUUCAACCUGUUUUACUUCCAGAGAGGAAUAUGGGAGAUAAAUACAGGGAUUCCAAUCCCCCUAGCAAGAGGAUUCUUAGGAAAGAGUCUAAUAUUCAACCAACAGAGUGUCGUUUGCCGAAAUCGAAUAGCAAAUCAGAAACAGACAAAGAAAGGAUUAAGCAGAAAAUCAAAAGUGUCCACAGGGGACAUCGAGAUUAAAUAUUUCAAAAUAUAAAUGAUUAAAUAAUGAAAAUAAAAAAUACCAUUAGAUUGUAGAGAUGUAGGAAUUGUAAGAUUUGAGCCAAGUCAUCAGUUCCUUUCUCUUAGAUUUUUAACCAACAAACAGUAUUUGGAGAUUUCGGAAAUGAAAAUCUAAUAUGACAGUAACUUAUUUCUUGCUCUUCUCUUAUCAUUAUAUUUUGUUCCCCUUCAACGGAUAUAUUAGAAGACAGUACACUGAUAGAUCACUUACCAUUAUAAUUCUAUCUGAAGAUGGAUGGUUGAUUGUUAGAUUAAUAUUAAUAUCUGUUUAUGUCAGGAUACAAAUAUGUGGGAAAUCAGUGCAUGCAAUACAGGAUAAGAUUACAGAGACGACAAUGCACAAAGCUUAGCCUAGAGGCAGCUCAAAGGAUCGUAUGAAAUACCAUGGAGCAGGAUUCGAUAAGACGACAGAGACGACAGUGUACAAAGCUUAGCCUAGAGGCAGCUCCAAGGAUCGUAGAAAAUACCAUGGAGCAGGAUUCGACCCGUCCACUCAUCAUAUGAUUAAAUAAUAAAAAAUGAUUCUUUUAACAAAAUUAAGCCAUAAAUAAUACCCCUGCUAAUAUAAAGUGGAAUUAUAUAUAUAUUGUUAUUCCGUCUAGAUAUCUGUUUGUAUUCAGUAAGCGUGAAACAGCUUGGUGUCAACUCACGUGACCUCAGGGUGGGUUUAUUGGUUGUAAAAUUGAAAAAUAUGAAAUAAUAACAAAUGUAAAUAAUAUAAUGAAAACAUAACGACUUAAAGAGCAUUAUAAAAAAAACUAUAAUUAUUUCUAAAUAAGCGAGUGAAUCGUCCCGUAGACCUAGUUGAAUGUACUUUGAUUCCAAUAUCUUGAAUAUAUGCACUGUCAUGUAUAUCGGAGAGUAUUUACUUAUCACAUGUACAUGUUUGCGUGUUAGUCAAGUGUACAUGUGUGUUUGUCCGUUGGAUUUAUACGAGCAACCUCCGUUUUUAUACGACACCUCGGAUACUCAAUGCAUUGGUUCUCGUCCCGAAGUCCCCUUAGUUCCAUUAGUAUCCUCUGUUCCAUCGGUUCUUUUAGUUACUCUCGUUCUUUGAGUUCAUUUAGUUACACCAGUUAUCUUAAUUCCUUUAGUUACUCCAGUUCUCUUAGUCACUUUGGUUACUCCAGUUCUCUCAGUUACUUUAGUUACUCCCGUUCUUUUAGUUACUUUAGUUACUCCAGUUCUCCUAGUUCCUUUAGUUACUCCAGUUUUCUUAGUUCCUUUAGUUACUCCAGUUCUCUUAGUUCAUUUAGUUACUCAAGUUAUCUUAUUUCGUUUAAUUACUUCAGUUCUUCCAGUUCCUCUAGUUACUCCAGUUCUCUUAUUUUCGUUAGUUACUUCAUUGGUCUUAUUUCCUUUUGUUACUCCAGUUCUCUUAGUUCAUUUAGUUACUCCAGUUCUCUUAGUUCCUUUAGUUACUCCAGUACUCUUAGUUCCUUUAGUUACUCCAGUUCUCUUAGUUCCUUUAGUUACUCCAGUUCUCUUAGUUCCUUUAGUUGCUCCAGUUCUCUUAGUUCCUUCAGUUACUUUAGUUUUCUCAGUUCCAUUAGUUACUCCAGUUCUCUUAGUUCCGUUAGUUACUCCAGUUCUCUUAUUUCCUUUAGUUACUCCAGUUCUCUUAGUUCCGUUAGUUACUCCAGUUCUCUUAGUUCCGUUAGUUACUCCAGUUCUCUUAGUUCCGUUAGUUAUUCCAGUUCUCUUAGUUCCUUUAGCUACUCCAGUUCUCUUAGUUCCUUUAGUUACUCCAGUUCUCUUAGUUCCUUUACUUACUCCAGUUCUCUUAGUUCCUUUAGUCACUCCAGUUCUCUAAGUUCCUUUAGUUACUCCAGUUCUCUUAAUUCAUACUCUAGUACUCUUAGUUUCUUUAUUUACUCCAGUUCUCCCAGUUACUUUAGUUACUCCAGUUCUCUUAGUUCCUUUAGUCACUCCAGUUCUCUUAGUUCCUUUAGUUACUCCAGUUCUCUUAAUUCCUACUCUAGUACUCUUAGUUUCUUUAUUUACUCCAGUUCUCCUAGUUACUUUAGUUACCUUUAUAUUUUAGCUUUUUUAUCAUCGUCAGUUCCUUUAGUUCCCAUUACUUAUCUCAAAUUCUCAUUGUUCCUCCUUCGUAUCCUCAAUUGAAAUGAGGGCCAUGUUCAUUUUACAUUCUUCUUUCAACUCUAAACUAUGAAACAGUGAUUUCAGUUUUUUUAAUAUACUUAACCUUAAAUAUACUUUUAAUU